ACACACCUCUGACUAUCAUGUUAAGUUGCAGCGCAGAACUGGGCCCGCAGAGAGUCUAACUGAACCGAAUUAGAGCAACAGGGAUACUAGCGGCUUUAUUUUCUUCUUUAGAACAUUUUGAUAGUUAUAGCAACAAAUUCUCACUCACACUGGGCCCAGCGGAACCGGCAGCAUGUCUGCAACAGGAGAUUUCGGCAACCCGCUCCGCAAAUUCAAGCUGGUGUUUUUGGGAGAACAGAGCGUGGGAAAGACAUCGUUGAUUACCAGAUUUAUGUAUGACAGUUUUGAUAAUACCUACCAGGCCACAAUAGGAAUCGAUUUCUUGUCGAAAACAAUGUAUCUUGAGGACAGAACAAUCAGGCUGCAGCUUUGGGACACAGCAGGACAGGAGCGUUUCCGUAGUCUCAUUCCCAGUUACAUCAGAGACUCUGCUGCUGCUGUUGUAGUUUACGACAUCACAAAUGUCAACUCAUUCCAGCAGACCACUAAAUGGAUCGAUGAUGUCCGAACAGAACGGGGAGGUGAUGUCAUAAUCAUGCUGGUGGGAAACAAAACAGACCUUGCAGAUAAAAGGCAAGUUUCUAUUGAGGAAGGAGAGAGGAAAGCCAAAGAACUGAAUGUAAUGUUUAUUGAAACUAGCGCUAAAGCCGGAUACAACGUCAAACAGCUUUUCCGGCGUGUAGCAGCAGCUCUUCCUGGUAUGGAGAGCACACAAGACAAGAGCAGAGAAGACAUGAUUGACAUAAAAUUGGAAAAGCCGCCAGAGCUGCCGGUCAGCGAAGGCGGCUGUUCAUGCUGAGGAUUUAGUCUACAUUUCUGUGCCGUGUCUCUUAUUGACGCUCUUUCAGACGCUCUUAGUCGCACUCAGCAUCUCUCUGGAUAUUCUGCAGAAGCUCCGCCCACCUGGAGGGAGUAGAACACUACCUGUCCGUCACCCUAGUUACCGUGGUUACCACUGGCCCACUCAAAUGACUUUAAAUUCGAUAGCACAAUGUGUAGGUGUAUGCUGUUGCUUUUCUAUUAUUUGUUUCUGUUAAUUGUUACACCUUUUGUGGUGAUUUGGGUUUUCACUCUUUUAAAACACUUUUUAUAAAGUGUUGUUUUUGUCCACGUUUCGUUUUAUGUGAAAUAAUACUUCUAUUACUGUAAUAAUGACGUGAAUAGGAACAAAACAAGAUAAAUAAAUGAAAUUAAAGAACUAAUGUGAGAAGGAUAUCCAUAUUUGAUUAUGCAAGGACUUGAUAAGUAUUGUCCAGAUUCACGGUGCAGAGAUGGAAGAAAUGUUUGCUAGUGUUUUUGGAAAUAUCCAAGUGUAGAUCUCAUCAUAUGUGGCUAUGGGGCUUUACAUCUGAGACGUUGCUAAUGACUUCUUCAUAAGGAAGAAAGAAAAGUGUAAAAAUAAAUGUUUUUGGAUUUUUGGAGGAACAAGUGCUGCUUUUAGCUCAGACAACUCUGAAACAUUGCAGGGGUUUUUUUCUCACUCCUUAGAUGCCAUUUAAUUUUUUUUUCUUUUCUUGUUAUUUUGAGCAUUAGAAAGCCAAUAGCUUAGUCAAAGAGAAUUACAUUUAUUGCAAAGAAAUAUAAUGUAUAUUAAGGGAAGUAUCAGAUCAAGUUUAACAGAUAAUAUGCAGACAUUGCCUUUGAUGGUUUGUUUUAUGGGGCUUCCAUGUUUUUUUUUAAGCAUUGUAAAGUUUUAAUUGUUGUAAUAAUAACACACUAGAUAUGGUUUGAUUCGUGGCAUGAACCCUAAUAUUUAUUUGUUAUGUCUUUUAGUUUUUAAACACUGUUUGUUUUGUCAAAAUUUGUAGAUGGAGGCAUUUAGAUAUUCUGGUCUAAGCACCUGCCACAAUUUAUUAUUAUUAUUUUUUUUAUGUAUAGUGGUAAAUUUGUCCCCAGACUGAUCUAAAUGUUUUUAUGAUAUAGUGCAGUUUGUGUAUUUUGUUUGGUUGUUUUCUUAAAAUGGUCUCAUUCAUUUCAAAUGUAUUUUAACCAGUUUCGUCUGGCAACACUGCUUGACACCAAUGCUCAUUAUUUGCACUGAAUAAAAUUAUCAGAAGCUUGA